UGGCUUUUUAUAUAAGCUCUCUGGCACGGCUCCUCGUUCACGCUCUCUGAUCGCUUCAGCUCAGCUGCUCUCGCUCGCCUCGCAGAUCGCAACCCACCCUUAGCCUGCAAGGAACUCCCCUCUUGCGUUGCGCCCUCGCCCGCCCUCCUCUGUAAGUUGUGCACUGCAUUGUUGUCGCGCUGGCAAUCUGGGGCCGAAAAGCAAAAGCGGGUGGGUUUGAGCUAGCUAGGGCAGGCUCAGCUCAGGCGGCGCGCAACGCAAUGGGGCGUGGGAAGGUGGAGAUGAGGAGGGUCGAGAACCGGGUGAGCCGCCAGGUGACCUUCUCCAAGCGCCGCAAGGGGCUGCUGAAGAAGGCCGACGAGCUCGCCGUGCUCUGCGGCGUGGACGUCGGCGUCGUCGUCUUCUCCGAGCGCGGCAAGCUGUUCGAGUACUCCUCGCCGACCAGCUUGGUGGAUCUGAUUCGCCGGUACGAGGCGGCCACCAGCACGCGACUCUUGCAUCAGGACGCACGCUGCUGCACCGAUCACCAGUCUGAUCAUCAGCAGCAGCAGCAGAUGGCCGCUGAGAUCAGCCAGCUGCGGAGUGAGUGCGAGCAGCUGGAGGCCAGCCUGAAUGCGUACACGGGAGAAGACCUGUCGUCCGUGACUUCGGUGGUCGAGCUCCUCGAGCUCGAGCAGCGGCUGGAGUCGGCCAUCGGCAAAGUCCGUGCAAGGAAGGAUGAGCUGCUCGUCAACCUGACCGAGGAGCUUCAGGUCAAGACCGAAGAGCACGGGCGCCACGACGGCCCACCAGCCGCCGCGGGCGUGGAGGCGACAGUGGCGGAGCCGCCGCUGCCACAGUCGCCGUCGUUCGCGUACCUCCUGGCCCUGGAGGAGAAGUCCGCGGCGAGCACAAUGCUGCGUCUGUGGCCGCCGACGGACGAGGACGCCGACGGCGGCGGGAGCUCCAGCCCACGCGAUCUACACCUGUGGUAACAGAACGUGUACGCAAUGCAGAUCGAAGGCACAGUAGACUGGUUGCCCCGCCUGGCCGGCCAUGGACGUGUGUCGAUCAGCUGGGUGGACUUGAUGACAUGACAGAUUUACUUAGUUUGCUAAAGUACAUAACUAAAACAAACAAGUUAGUUAAAGAAAGGAAGUAGCAUGCUUAAGGGGGUGUUUGGUUUCUAGGGACUAAUGUUUAGUCCCUUCAUUUUAUUCCUUUUUUGUCUAUAAAUUGCUAAAUAUAGAAACUAAACUAAAGUUUUAGUUUCUAUAUUUGGCAAUUUUGGAACUAAAAUGGAAUAAAAUGUAGGGACUAAACAUUAGUCCCUAGAAACCAAACACCCCCUAAGUAGUAGUACUAAUAGGUUAUCUAUAGUUAAUGCUCAAGUGACCAUACCUUUUUCCAUGUCUUGGUCACAUCAAGCUAAAUAAAGACCAUGACAUAGCCAAGACAACAAAUCCAAGUUUCAGUGACUUUACUAGUGUUUUUUUAUAAGGCACCUUUACUAAUGCUGCUCCGAACUAAACAUGGGAAUGGA